AUGGCUACUACUGGAUCUGAUCUGAGGAUACUGCUGCUUGGAAAGACAGGAGUGGGGAAGAGUGCAUCCGCAAACACCAUCCUGGGGUGUGAGGCCUUUGUGGAGGACACCUCACCUGAAUCUGUGACCAUGCAGAGUGCGAAACACGAGAGAAAGGUGGCAGGCAGAAACAUCUCGGUGGUUGACACUCCGGGACUCUUUGACACAUCACGGGCCCUUGAGCAGAUAAUGGAGGAGAUGGUCAAGUGUGUUUACAUGUCUGUUCCGGGCCCCCAUGUUUUCCUGCUGGUGAUCAGGCUGGGCGUGAGAUUCACAGAGGAAGAGAAGAACACCAUGAAGUGGAUUCAGCAGAACUUCUCCGCAGAGGCUAUGCAAUACGCUAUGGUUCUGUUCACUGGAGUGGACCAGAUCAAAAUACCAGUGCAGGAUUAUCUGCAGAAAAGCACAGCACUCAAACAGCUAGUUGCUGAGUGUGGGGCGGGAUAUCACGUAUUUGACAACAGCAGGAGAGAUCGGGCUCAAGUGACCAGCCUGCUGGCAAAGAUCGAUGACAUGGUGGAGAGGAAUGGUGGAGCACACUACACCAAUCAGAUGUAUCUGGAGACUCAGAAAAAAAUCAAUGAUGAGGAAGAGAGAAAGAGAGAAGAGGAGGAAAGGGAAUACCAGGAGGAGAAGAGAAAUAGAGAGGAAGAGCAGAUGAAAAGAGAGGAGGCACUGAGGAUGGAAUGGGAAAGGCAGGAGACAGUAAGACGACAGGAAUACAUGAAGAGUAUUGAGGCCCUAGACUAUAGGAGACGAGAGGACGACAGAAAGACAAGGGAGGAGGAAAGGUAUGAGUGGGAAAGGAGAGAAAGGAAGAGGAAAAAUGAAAUGGAGGACACGUUGACAGAGGAACGAGCCAAGUUGGAAAAGAGGAUGCAAUAUAAUGAUAACAUGAGAAUUGAUGAGAUGAGGAUGUUGCAGAAGGAGGCAGCUGAGAGUAGGAAGAUGCAACAAGACAUAGUCAGCCAGUUACUUCAGAAGCUAGACAUUGCUGGAAGUAGGAGGGAGUGAUGAGGGAAGUGGAGGUGGCAUCCUGGGUGCAGUCCAAAGGCAAUGAAGGUGACCCUGGUGGAGAAGCUGCACUUAAAGGGUUCAACUUGAUAAGGUAGUGAAACCAAGAGGGGGAGAGGUCAUAUGCAAGAAAA